AAUAAUAUUAUUAGUAAUACUAAUAAUAAUAAUAAUAAUAAUAGUAAUAAUAAUAAUAUUAAUAUUAGUAAUAACACAAAUUGUAAAAAUAGUAAUAAUAACAAUAAUAAUUUGAACAAUAAUACGAAAAUUAACACGAAUACGAAUUUUAAUUUAAAUCCUAAUGUAAAUCAUGCUAAAAAUAAUACAAAUAAUACAGGAAUCGUAGAAGAUCAAAGAGCAUUGCAAUUAGCAUUAGAAUUAUCAAUGGUUGGUUUAUCAGAAAAUAAUAGCAAUAAUAAUAACAUAAAUAAUAAUAAUAGUAAUAAUGGUAGCAAUAAUAUAUUGACAUCAAAUAACAAUAGUGUAAAUAAUAAUAAUAAUAAUCAUCACCAUCCGCAACCGCAGCCGCAAUACCAUCAGCAUCAACAACAGCACCAGCAGUUACAACAAGCACAACAACAUCAAUUACAUAAUAGUUUAGCAAAUUGUUUAAACGUAACAAAUACAAAUAAUUUAUUUGCUGAAUUAAAUUUAACAAAUGGUUUUAAUUCAGCUGCUGUUGCUGCAGCUGCAUUAGCAGCAUCAAAUAAUAUUACAAAUAAUGGUCUUAAUAAUGUUGUAACACCAUCAGCUGCAGCUGCAGCAGCAGUCGCAGCAGCAGGUGUUACAUCAUUUGCUGCACUGUUACCAAAUAUUGAAGAUCGCUCAAAAAAAUCACAAAAUAUGACUGAAUGUGUUCCUGUACCAAGCUCUGAACAUGUCGCCGAAAUAGUUGGAAGGCAAGGUUGUAAAAUUAAAGCGUUAAGAGCCAAAACUAAUACAUACAUUAAGACUCCAGUGCGUGGAGAAGAGCCAGUUUUUGUUGUAACAGGCCGUAAAGAAGAUGUUGGAAAAGCUAAGCGUGAAAUUUUAUCAGCUGCCGAACAUUUUAGUUUAAUAAGAGCAUCACGUAAACCAUCAUUAGCCAGUUUAAGUACAACGGGUGGUGCAGUUGUUAGUGGAUCAAACUGUUUACAAACAAAUGGUUUGAAUAAUGCUAAUUGUAUAAAUAGUAAUGGCAAAGGUAACUUAGGCCCACCAAUUAAUAUUCCAGGACAAAUAACAAUACAAGUUCGCGUUCCUUAUCGCGUUGUUGGUCUAGUUGUCGGUCCAAAAGGUGCCACUAUAAAACAUAUACAACAACAAACUCAUACAUACAUUGUCACACCAUCACGUGAUAAAGAACCAGUAUUUGAAGUAUCAGGUUUACCAGAUAAUGUUCAAUUAGCUAGACGUCAAAUAGAAGCUCAUAUUGCAUUAAGAACCGGUAACAUAACUGAUUUACAAUUGCCAUCGAAUACAACAAAUCAAAGUCUUAAUUCCACAUUAAAUAUUAAUGAUAAUAUCGAUUUAAAUAUAACCGGUAAUAGUUUUACAACAUUAAAUGAUAGUACGAAUAAUAUUAAUAAUACUGGAUGUUUAUCAUCAUUACUUGAUGAACAUGUUGGUUCUGAAUUUUUAGCAUCCCUGUAUAAAAAUGGUUUUAAUUGUUUAUUAGGGUAUUUAGAUCAAUCGACUAAUAAUAACAAUACUAAUAAUAAUAGUACCAACAGUACUAAUAAUAAUAUGAUAAACAAUUUGAUAAAUAUUAAUGGCAUAAAUGAUUUGAAUACAGUAGCAUUAAAUCAAACUCCAAAUUUAAAUAAUAAUUUUACAAAUAAUAUGAAAAAUAAUAAUAACAAAGAUGGUGGUUUAUUUGAUGUUACAAAUGGUUUAUUAACACCAAAUCAAAACAAUAAUCAAUCAAAUUGUACUGAUAAUAUUUUAGAUUAUACAUUUCCUGUUUUAACAAAUACUUCAAACACAAUAGCAAGCGUCAUAAGAUCAAAUGAGAUAAACAAUAUGAAUAGCGGUAAUAAUGGCAUUAUAAGUAAUAGAUCAUGUUCUUCUUCAUCAAGUUCGACAUCAUCAAAAUCAGCAUCAAAUCAAUCUGGUCCAGAACUGAUUAAUAUAUGGAAAAAUUGUCAUCAAGAUUCAACCGGUUCAAUUGAAAUUGAUGAAGGCCUAGGUGAAUCACCGAAUAUAUGGACAUUACCACCAGUAUCAGCAUUGGGUUCACGUUGUUCACCAACGUCAAAUUCAGUUAGCCCAACUGAUUCAUUAUUAGGAGGCAGUAGUAGUGGUGGGGGUUCAUCAUCAACUGGUUCCGCGGGUAUAUCAAAUUCAGGAAAUUCAGCUAAUUUAUUACAACAACAGCAACAGCAGCAACAACAUCAGCAGAAUAACACAAACUGUUCAUCAACAACGUCAACAAAUAUGCAAAUAACGUCAUCUGUAACGCCAUAUUUAAGACGCGAAUGUUUGUUAUGUGGAGAUAAAGAAGUUACAGCUGCACUUGUACCAUGUGGUCAUAAUAUGUUCUGCUUAGAAUGUGCUGGACGCGUUUGUGGUACUGGUGAAGGAAUAUGUCCUGUAUGCAGUCAACCGGUUAUUCAAGCUAUAAGAAUAAUACAUUAAUUACAUAAAUUAUUGAAAUAAUAAUAAAUUUUAAUAAUUAUUAAAUUUAUUAUUAUUUAUUAUUGUAUUAUUAUACAAAUUAAAAUUAUAUGUAUGUGAAAUAUGUAUGAGGAAUUUUUGAUAAUUAAUUUUUAACUUAGUGCUAAAAUCGCAAUACGCAAUUAAAAUUAUAAAUUAAAAGAAGAAAAAAAACUUCAAUAUUUCAAAAAUGAAAAAAAGAAAAAGAUUUUUAGC